AUGGCGGGCAAUACCACCGGGAACACUCCGACCCAUGCCCAGUCCUCACUCCCCUCGCUCCCCGCACACCUUCAGUCGGAUACCCAUUUGACAGCCCAUCUCGCCAGUCGCUUCCAUGUCGGACUGCCCACUGCCCGCCUCUCGUCCCAGGCAUUGAUCUCCCUGAACACAUACACAUCAGCAACAAAAGGCCCCGAUGGUGAAAAGGAAGGCAGUGCUGCUGGUGAAGCCGAGGAUCUUGCCCGUCGCGCGUUCACGCGGUUGGGAACUCGUGGGGAGAACCAGGCCGUGGUGUUCCUAGGAGAGAGUGGUUCGGGUAAAACCACCAUUCGCUCACACCUGCUAUCCUCCUUCCUGUCCUUUUCCUCAACCCCGCUGUCCUCCAAACUCUCCUACGCUGCCUUUGUCUUCGAUACCCUGACCACCACCAAAUCGGUAACCACCCCAACUGCCUCCAAGGCUGGUCUGUUCCUCGAGCUGCAGUACGAUGGCUCGUCUGCGGUCAAUCCCACCUUGAUUGGUGGUAAGAUUAUUGACUAUCGACUGGAGCGAAGCCGCAUCUCUUCCGUGCCAACUGGUGAGCGUAGCUUCCAUGUGCUAUACUACCUCCUGGCCGGUACCAGUGCGGCCGAAAAGUCCCACCUCGGUUUCGACAACUCCAUCCAUAUCACCACUAGUGGCGGCAAACUUUCAUCUGAUUCGGUCAGUCAUAAGCGAUGGCGGUAUCUAGGCCACCCAACCCAGCUCAAGGUCGGAGUGAACGAUCAAGAGGGCUUCCAACACUUCAAGACUGCCCUGCGGAAGCUUGAAUUCUCUCGCGGUGAGAUUGCCGAGAUUUGCCAGAUUCUGGCUGGUAUCCUGCAUAUUGGUCAGCUGGAUUUUAUUUCUGGACAAUCCACCACCACUACUGCCGAGGAGAGUGGUGGUUACUCCCACGAGGGUGGUGAGACGGUCACCGUUGUGAAAAAUAAGGAUGCCCUUGGCAACGUUGCUGCAUUCCUCGGGUUGAGUGUGGAGGCCUUGGAGAACAGUUUGGGUUACAAGACCAAGACCAUUCACCGGGAGCGUGUGACGGUCAUGCUGGAUCCUCGGGGUGCUCGAGAGAAUGCCGAUGCAUUCGCCCGAACCAUCUACUCGCUGCUUGUCACCUACGUGAUCGAGACCGUCAACCAGAAGAUCUGCGCCGCAGAGGACAGCGUUGCCAACACCAUCUCCAUUGUUGAUUUCCCUGGCUUUGCUCAAGCCCCGGCCACCGGCUCGACCCUUGACCAGCUCCUCAGCAAUGCUGCGACGGAGUCGCUUUACAAUUACUGCCUCCAAUCGUUCUUCGACCACAAGGCGGAUGUUCUGGACCGCGAGGAGAUUACCGUCGCAGCAACCAGCUACUUCGACAACACUGAUACCGUUCGCGGUCUCUUGAAGCAUGGCAAUGGUCUGCUCAGCAUCUUGGACGACCAGACUCGUCGUGGCCGCAACGAUAGUCAAUUCCUCGAGAGCGUUCGCAAGCGCUUCGAGGGCAAGAACCCAGCGAUCUCAGUUGGUAGCGGCGGCACCACCAGCUCUGGAUAUCUGUCCCAAGCUCGGACCGCAUUCACCGUGAAGCAUUUCGCUGGUGAAGUCGACUACUCCGUCACCGGUCUCAUCGAGGAGAACGGAGAAGUCAUCUCGGGAGACUUGAUGAAUCUCAUGAAGUCCACCCGCAGUGACUUUGUCCGCGAACUCUUCGGGCAGGAGGCCUUGCAGACCAUUUCCCACCCGCGGGAAAAGUCUGCAAUCAUGCAAGCUCAGGUCUCGUCGAAGCCAUUGCGGAUGCCCAGCAUGGCUCGCCGCAAGCACGACCAACAGGCCCGCCAAAUGUUCUCGGAUCGUGCCGAGAGCGAAGAGCCAGAUGACCAAGAUAGCCAGGCGGCCAGCUCCCGACGAAGCGUGGCUGGUCGCAAGAGUGGUCUGAACACUGGUCAUGUUCAGGGUGCAGCCGGUCAGUUCCUCUCGGGUCUUGAGAUCAUCAACAAGUGCCUUAGUUCGCCCAACCUCAACCCAUACUUUGUGAUCUGUCUCAAGCCUAACGACCGCCGCAUUGCAAACCAAUUCGACAGUAAAUGCGUGCGCAUGCAGGUUCAAACCUUUGGUAUUGCCGAGAUCAGCUCCCGACUGAGAAAUGCCGACUUCAGCGUCUUCCUCCCAUUCGCGGAGUUCUUGGGCCUGGCUGAAAUUGGUAAUGUCGUCGUUGGUAGUGAUCGCGAAAAGUCGGAGGUCGUCUUGGAUGAGAGACGAUGGCCCGGUAAUGAAGCUCGCGUGGGAAGUACUGGUGUCUUCCUGAGUGAGCGAUGCUGGGCCGAUCUCGCCAAGAUUGGCGAACGUGUCGUUCCCUCUUUCAACAAGAUUGCCGGCUCUGAUGAAGGAGACGUUGGUUACCACGCUGGUGCUGAUACCAAGGUUCGUCUCUUGAACCCGGCUGACCAGUCGCCGGGUGCCUUCAUCUAUGGUGAUGAGUCCAAACAGGGCGGUUAUUUCGGUAGCCGCGAGCUGGACGGCAAAUCCGAUGCAGGUGCUUCGGCGUUCAACUCUGGUGACAUGUUCCAAAAUCUCGAGACGAGGGAAGAGAUGCUGCAAAAGGGCAAUGAGAAGAACAUGGAGGAGGUUGACGACGUUGUGGUCUCGGGCUCUCGCAAACGCUGGAUGGCGUUGGUCUACCUGCUGACCUUCUUCAUUCCCGACUUCAUGAUCAAAUGGAUCGGCCGGAUGAAGCGCAAGGAUGUGCGUGUUGCUUGGCGUGAGAAGCUCGCCAUCAACAUGAUCAUCUGGUUUGCCUGCGGUGUUGCCGUCUUCAUGAUUGUCGCCUUCCCUGGUCUGGUUUGUCCAACCCAACAUGUCUACUCGAAAGGUGAACUCAGUGGCCACAAUGGUAAGGGUAGCGCUAGCUCCUAUGUUGCUAUCCGGGGCGUGGUCUUCAACUUGGGCGACUUCAUGCCCUCUCACUACCCUGAUAUCGUCCCGCAAAAAUCUCUGAAGAACUAUGCCGGCACCGAUGCGACCAAUCUCUUCCCGAUUCAGGUCUCAGCGCUGUGCCAGGGUGUGGAUGGACAUGUUGACCCAAGUGUUCCCCUGGAUUACCGGUCCAACAUGAACGAGUCUAGUACUACCACCUCUACCAGCGACUUCGAUGUCAACGCCAAAUACCAUGACUUCCGUUACUGGACCGAUGACCCUCGGGCAGAUUGGUUCUAUGAACAAAUGGUCAUGAUGCGAGCAAACUACAAACAGGGCUACGUUGGAUAUACUGCCCAGUAUAUGAAGACGCUCGCAGACGAUAACAGCAAGAAUAUUGCCAGUAUUGACGGCAAGGUCUACGACCUGACUUACUACAUUGCUGGCCCUCGUAUCCCCCGUUACCCGACAGGCAAGACCGCCACUGGGGACGUCAACACGAACUACAUGAGCCCGCUUCUCGUCACUCUCUUCCAGCAGAAACCUGGUACCGAUGUGACCAAGUAUUGGAAUGACCUUGCAAUUGAUGCGACCACGCGUGCGCGGAUGCAGCUUUGUCUAGACAAUUUGUUCUUCGUUGGACACGUUGAUACCCGUAACUCGGCCAGGUGUCAGUUUGCUCGGUACUUCAUUCUUGCCAUCUCGAUCUUGAUUUGUGUGGUCAUUCUUUUCAAGUUCCUGGCUGCCUUGCAGUUUGGAAAGAAGAAUCUCCCCGAGAACCUGGACAAAUUCAUCAUCUGUCAAGUUCCAGCAUACACCGAAGAUGAAGAUUCACUCCGCCGUGCCAUCGAUUCCAUGGCCCGCAUGCGUUAUGAUGACAAGCGCAAGCUGCUGUUGGUCAUUUGUGACGGUAUGAUUAUCGGUCAGGGUAACGAUCGGCCCACUCCCCGGAUUGUCCUGGACAUCCUGGGUGUCCCCGAGUCUGUCGAUCCCGAGCCUCUCAGCUUCGAGAGUUUGGGCGAGGGUAUGAAGCAGCACAACAUGGCCAAGAUCUACUCUGGCCUCUACGAGGUUCAAGGCCACAUUGUUCCUUACCUGGUUGUUGUCAAGGUUGGCAAGCCUUCCGAGGUGUCUCGCCCUGGUAACCGUGGCAAGCGUGAUUCUCAGAUGGUUGUCAUGCGUUUCCUCAACCGUGUCCACUACAACCUGCCCAUGAGCCCUAUGGAGCUUGAGAUGCACCACCAGAUUCGGAACAUCAUUGGUGUUAAUCCGACGUUCUACGAGUACAUCUUGCAAGUCGAUGCCGAUACGGUCGUUGCCCAGGAUUCUGCUACACGCUUCGUUUCCGCUUUCCUGUCCGACACGCGCCUCAUCGCCGCUUGUGGUGAGACAUCUCUGUCCAAUGCGAAGACGUCCAUGGUUACGAUGAUCCAAGUGUACGAAUACUACAUCUCGCACAACCUGACCAAGGCUUUCGAGAGUCUCUUCGGAUCCGUCACUUGCUUGCCCGGUUGUUUCAGUAUGUACCGUGUUCGCUCGGCGGAGAGCGGCAAGCCCUUGUUCGUCAGCAAGGAGGUUGUCGAAAGUUACUCCGAGAUUCGCGUGGAUACCUUGCACAUGAAGAAUCUGCUCCACCUCGGUGAAGAUCGAUACCUGACGACACUCCUGCUCAAGCAUCACCCCAAGUUCAAGACCAAGUACAUCUUCCGCUGCCAUGCCUGGACCGUGGCUCCCGAGAGCUUUGCCGUUUUCCUGUCCCAGCGUCGUCGUUGGAUCAACUCGACUGUGCACAACCUGAUUGAACUGAUUCCCCUGCAACAGCUGUGCGGUUUCUGCUGCUUCAGUAUGCGCUUCAUCGUCUUUGUCGAUCUGCUCAGUACCGUCAUCCAGCCUGUUACCGUUGCGUAUAUCAUUUACUUGAUCGUCUGGCUGGUGCGCGAUAGCUCGGUCAUUCCCUGGACAGCGUUCGUACUACUUGGUGUCAUCUACGGUCUACAGGCUUUCAUCUUCAUCGUUCGCCGUAAGUGGGAGAUGAUCGGCUGGAUGUUCAUUUACAUUCUUGCCAUUCCCGUCUUCACACUUGCGCUACCUCUCUACUCCUUCUGGAACAUGGACGACUUCACCUGGGGUAACACCCGCAUCAUCACUGGAGAAAAGGGCCGCAAGGUCGUCAUCUCCGACGAGGGCAAAUUCGACCCAGCCUCGAUCCCCAAGAAGCGCUGGGAGGAGUAUCAGAUGGAGCUGUGGGAGGCGCAAGAGGGACAAACCUCGCGCGACGACCACUCCGAGGUCUCGGGCUACUCGUAUGGUACUCGCGCGCACCCCUUCGCGCAAUCCGAGUACGGCUUCCCCGGUUCGCGUCCCGUCUCUCAACUUGAUCUGCCGCUGCUUGCAUCUGGAUCGCGCAUGUCCAUUGCACCUUCUGAGAUGCUGAGCCAUCACAUGGACAUGGAUACGAGCAUGGAGGAUUUGAGCCACCUGCCAUCGGAUGAUGCGAUUCUCGCCGAGAUCCGUGAGAUUCUGCGCACGGCUGAUCUGAUGAGUGUGACGAAGAAGAGUAUCAAGCAGGAGCUUGAGCGCCGGUUCGGUGUUAACCUGGACCUGAAGCGGCCAUACAUCAACUCUGCUACCGAAGCUGUUCUUUCCGGUCUUCUGUAA